AUGAAGAUCACAAUUUUCGUAUUUAUGUGCAUCGCGACCAUCAUAUCAUGUCAAUACAUGCCUCCCAUGCCGAUGUGGAACACAAUGAAUCCCGUUAUGUAUUCCUCGAUGAUGAGACCGAUGAUGUCUACAUAUCCGGGAUGGAUGUCAGAUCCUCAUCCUCCGAUGGGAUCGAAUGAGAAAACUUCAAUUUUAAACAUCCCGCAAGGAGUCAUGAACAUUCCAAAAGUUCCCAGUUCCGAAGAAACGUUAACGCACAUGAUGAUGGCGAAUCAAAACGUCAAACCAUACGUCGACACCAUCACCGACAUGAUGUACAAUUAUCCAGACGUUCCAAAAGCGAGACUUAUGAAUCCUAUGUACGUCACUGGAAUGAACGGAAUAAGAACGAAUCCGAAUCCCAUGGAAGAUUGUAAGUACGCAAGACGGUAUCAGGAUAAAUCGUGA